AUGCGGGCGCCGCUGUGCCUGCUGCUGCUCGUGGCCCACGCCGUGGCCAUGCUCACCCUGAACCGAAGGAAGAAGCAAGUGGGCACUGGCCUGGGGGGCAACUGCACGGGCUGUGUGAUCUGCUCGGAGGAGAACGGCUGCUCCACGUGCCAGCAGAGGCUCUUCCUGUUCAUCCGGCGGGAAGGCAUCCGCCAGUACGGCAAGUGCGUGCACGACUGUCCCCUCGGCUUCUUCGGCAUCCGAGGCCAGGAGGUCAACAGGUGCAGAAAAUGUGGGGCUACUUGCGAGAGCUGCUUCAGCCAAGACUUCUGCAUCCGGUGCAAGCGGCGCUUCCACCUGUACAAGGGGAAGUGCCUGCCGGCCUGCCCGCCAGGCACCGUGACCCACCGGAGCACGCGCGAGUGCCAGGAGGAAUGUGAACUGGGCUCCUGGAGCAGCUGGAGCCCCUGCACACACAAUGGGAAGACCUGUGGCUCCACCUGGGGCCUGGAGACCCGGGUGCGAGAGGCCGGCCGGGCUGGGCAGGAGGAGGCAGCCACCUGUCAGGUGCUGUCUGAGUCUAGGAAAUGUCUCAUCCAGAGGCCCUGUCCUGGAGAGAGAAACCCCCGGCAGAAGAAGGGCCGGAAGGACCAGCGCUCCAGAAAGGACCGGAAGCUAGACCGCAGGCCAGACCGGCAGCAGGCCCGGCCAGGCCCCCAGUGA